AUGUCUCAAAGGCUUGCUCAUUACAGAGAGAUCUCUGAGAAUUAUCAAUUCUAUGCUGAACAAGAUGAUUCAAGUUUCAAGGACUUGGUUAGUUUGCCUGGUAGAGUUUUCUUGGGGCAGGUUCCUGAAUGGACUCCCGAUGUUAGGUAUUUCGAGAACGAGGAGUAUCCUAGAUUCCAACAUGCUCAAGACUGUGAUGUAUGUGGGACUUUGGCUAUUCAUGUGUUUGAACAAGGUAGCAAGACUUGCUUAUGUGUUAUUGAGGUUGUGAUGACCACUCAAAUGGUUAAACUAAGCCCUGAGCUUGACAACAUCUGCAGAGCACUUCAGGUUCUGCCCCUCUAUCUUUGUAAUCGGGGACCUGAAUUCUCCUACCAAGCUGCAUUACCUGAAAUAAGAAACCUCUUGAGAUGUGCCUUUGAGACACAUAAACUACCAUUAGCUCAAACAAGGAUGUCUUCUCUUAAGCAAAGCAAAACCGGUUUCCGUCACAACGAUCAUAACUACAUCCAUUGCGUUUCCGCCAUAGAUGAUGCUUGCUAUGUAGGUGAUCCUACAGUCCGUGAGUUCCACGAAGUUUGCUCUGAGCACCAUCUCUUGAAAGGUCAAGGAGUUGUUGGAGAAGCGUUUUUGACCAAUGGUCCUUGCUUUUCAUCUGAUGUCUCUAGCUACAAGAAAUCUGAGUACCCUCUCUCUCACCACGCAACUAUGUUUGGCUUACAUGGCACAGUCGCUAUACGCUUACGCUGCAUCCACACAGGCUCAGCUGACUUUGUCUUGGAGUUCUUUUUGCCGAAAGAUUGCAUGGAUAUAGAGGAACAAAGGAAAAGGUUGAAUGCACUUUCGACUAUAAUGGCUCAUGUGCCUAGAAGCUUAAGGACAAUCACGGAUAAAGAGCUGGAAGAAAAGGGAGAUUCAAUGGUGAGCGAGGUUGUGGAAAGAGAAGAGACACUACCGAAGAUAGAGAGUACAUAUGAAGUACAUGAGAGUAUUAACAAUCCUCAAUUAGUGGUUGAUGGAGGAACAUCAGAGCCAGGCUUUGACUAUGGUAAAGGAGUGAGUGUGAAUGAGAACGACACUUUUUAA